AACAACAAUAACAACAUGUCCGUCAACUACAUGCGUCUCCUUUGCCUGAUGGCCUGCUGCAUCUCCGCCUCCUUGGCAUCCUACAGACAAGCUGACUACUCCGCUCCCAGCUAUGGCUCCGUUGGUGAUUAUGUGAAGAAUGCCGAGACUGCUGAGGCCCAAGCUGCUGCUCUGACCAAUUCUGCUGGCGCCGCAGCCUCAUCGGCCAAAUUGGACGGCACUGAUUGGUACGCACUCAACCGUUAUGGCUGGGAGCAGGGCAAACCUCUGCUGGUCAAGCCAUACGGUCCUCUGGACAAGCUCUACGCCGCUGCUUUGCCUCCACGCUCCUUCGUUGCCGAGAUCGAUCCAGUCUUCAAGAGGAACAACUAUGGUGGUGCCUAUGGUGAGAAGACCAUCACUCUGAACACUGGCUCCAAGUUGGCCGUGUCUGCCGUCUAAAUCUUAGCGAGAUUUAUAACUGCAACUGAAAAGUCUUAAUAAAUAGUGAUAGUUUAAAGUGUAA